UAAGAAAUACAUUUUUCGGGUUUUAACAAACGAUGCCCCCGUUUUCACGUCUUAGUACGGUCUUGUUUUGGGCCGUUUUGACAGCAGCUGGCAGUCUGCUGUCAGCCUUUAGUGAUGCUGCAAUCCUUCGGCAAUCACGUACGGGGGAAAACUGCUGCAUACUGUAGUGUGUUUUUAUUCUAACGUGGUGUGUUAUAAUAUAGCCAUGUGUUAUUACUGCUCAUUCCAUGGUUUCUUGGGGAUUUUUUUUCCUUGGAAUUUUUAUUAGUAGUAAUUCAUCGGAGAUGAAGUGUUCACAGGCUGUUGAACCACAGUAUAUUUGGCAUGCCAUGACUCUAAAGUACACUUAUGUUUCUCGACGGUCUGCAGUGUAGCUGAUUCAGCUGUUAUCCAGAUUUAAAAAAAAAUUACAGGAUGUUUUGCAGACUGGCUCCAUGGUGCAGAGGGCAGUAAAUGAUUAAAGUAGGAAAGGGAAACCGGAUCAGGCAAGCUGAUUAUGUGUUUGCAAAUUCCCAUAAUGGUUCCAUUUAAAAUUGUUCACCUUGUGCAGACACUGACAUUAUGAGCGCUUCAAUCUCAGGAGGAAGCACGUUAUCUUAGGCCUGUUGUUGUUAUGUGAGGUAGAGAAUUGAGCAUUUUAAAGUUUAGCAUGAAAAACUGCUUUGUGCACAAAAAGUAUUUGAAGCACAAUAGUAAUGCUUUUUUUUUCUUUUGUAUUCUCAAACCUAAAGUAAAGCACAAGGAAGAUAUAUGUUCAUGCAGGCGUGAACGGUGGAAUGCACUUCCUUGACAGUAGAACUUGUAGUGCCACAUAAUGUUGUAAUCCAGAAGCAUCCUGUUUUAACUUUUUCCUUUGUAACGCUUGUUUCAGAGCCUGAGUGUCUAGUUUCAGGUGUUAUCUUGAGCUGACAAGGAUCUUAGUGCAGACUUGCUGGAGCACCUGCAAAAGACAUGGCUAACAACAGUGUAACAGAUAUAAGACAGAUUAUGGUGGUCAUAUCAAUGGUGGAAGAAUGGUCUGCUCUGAAAUCUCUGCCUCAGGAUAGCUCUGAGGAUGAAAGUCACAAGUUAAGUUUUAGAUCUCUGGGAUCAAACCAAGUCUGUGACUUGACUGUGGAGGAUCGCUCGAUCAGCUUGCACUAUGCAGAGUUAAAGGAAGACAUGACAGAGGAGAGCAUCCGUGAGACAAUCGAUAGCUGCUUCAAGUCUUGCACAGAGGGAAUCAGAACAUUUCUGUUGCUGAUCCAAGGCGGCUGUUACACAAUGAGAGAACAAAGACUGACAGAGAUCCUUCAGGCCCACUUUGGAGCUGAGGCUUUAAAAUACCUUAUUGUUCUCUCUGUGGAAGAUGGAAAGGUUGUUGACACAUUAAAUGACGCCCUGCUAGAUUUGAUAAAUGUAUGUGACGGCAGGUACUGCCGGGUUAGGUCCUCUGCUCCGGGUGGCGGGCUGCACGCCCUGCUCGAGAUGGUUGACUACAUGAUGACUGAAAAUAGCGUCACAGGUUACACUGAAAGCAUGCUAAGUGAAUCCAUGAAACGUAGCACAGAAGACUCGGCCAUGAACAUGCUGAAAAGGAAAGUACACGAGGCAGAAGAGAAGGAGCAAGCUUUCAUGCAGCUACUUCAACAACAGGAGCAGAGAAGAGCCAGGGAGCUGGAGGAGCUGAAAGCAAAGCACGCUGAGGAAAGAAAGAAGGAGGGAGCUGAACAAAAGCAGUAUGAGGCAAAAAGAGAGAGCCUUGAGGAGGCUGUAAGAAGCCACAGAGCCAUGUUGCAACUUCAGAUCAGUGCCCCUGAUGAUGAUGAAAAGAAUAAGAUCUCUGUGAUCUUGCUGGGUCUCACUGGCAGCGGUAAGUCUUCUGCUCUGAAUAUAAUCCUAGAGAGAGCAGGUAGCCAGUACUCAAUUAACGGAUCCACUCAUGAACCGGCCCUACCGACCGUGUCUUGUGAGAGAAAGAAGGUAUACGCAGCAGGGAGGAAGCUCAUCCUCGUCGACACCCCUGAGCUGUGGGAUGAAGACGGGGUGGAGAAUGUAGAGCUGGUGAAGGACUGCCUGGCUCUGGCCUUACCUGGGCCCCAUGUUUUCCUGCUGGUGCUCCAGGUGGGACGCUUCACCCAGGGAGAAUGCGAGAUGUUCGGACACCUCCAGAAGAUCUUUGGACGAGAAUUCGCAGAGCACGCCAUCGUGUUGUUUGUUCAAUUCGACAAUAACAAGUACAGGCCUCAGAAAAUCAACAACUAUGUUGCUGGUGCUCAUUCAGCCCUGCAGGAUCUUAUCCGGAAGUGCGGGAGCCGUUAUUAUGAGCUGAACAUUACAAAAUCCCAGAAUGCUUUGAGCUAUCCUCAGGUGAAAGAUUUGCUGUCCGGGAUCAGUAAACUGGUUGCCUCACACGGAGGACACCCCCACAUAGUGAAGAGAUUUUCUUUGCAGGAGCUGCAGGAACGAAACAAAGUGAUUGAAGAGAGGAAGGAAGGGGCACUGGAAGUGAACUACUUAUUAAGAGAAAAUUAAUUUCUCGUCUGUCAUAAAAAGGGGAACACUGCAUGUGGAAAAGCAGAAUAUUGUUGUACCCUAGAGCCUUGAACCUCUCUGAAGUUUCCUGUUUGGUAGAAAAAAACAUGUUGAUUCAGCUUUGAUAAAUGAGCUGCAAGUGUAGAUGUUUUAAAUUGGACUGAAUUACAUUACACAUUUGUUUCCUUUAUUUGAUACUCAUGUGGUAGCAUGGUUUGCUUUUGAAGGUUGAAUCACUUUCAGAAAAUUGUCCUUAUAACCUUUUUUAUUAUCUUAAUAAGCUUUCUAUUUUAAGUGAACUAGCUAUGAAUACCUUUAAAUGAGGAGUGUACUUUCUUUUACAAAAGUGAGCCACUUGGUAGAACACAAUGGGAGUGGUGAUGAUGUGGUUUUGAUCAAGCUAAACAAAUCAGUGGAGCACGUCGGGAACUCCUCACAUACCUGCUUGUCUGCACAGACCAGUGAAAGGAGGAAAAGAAAAAGUACAUGUGCUCUUUUUAUUUGCUUUUGGACUUCCUCACCACUGGUAUGAAGACUGGCAAGUUUAUGAGAUCUGUUGUUGUUAUCUUGAUUGCCUGAGACUUGAAGACAAUUUUAUAAAUGUUUCCACUUGCCAAUAAGCUGACACAAAAUCAUCAAAAUUACAACAGUGAUGCAUAAAUUGUUUAGAUGACAUCGUGGCGUUGUGUUCCAACGUUGGAAACUUUGGCUUUUAACCUUAUUUUCAGUUAGUCUGAUCUAUAAUUGUUUGUCUUUGUACUCACAAAGUACAUUUGAAACUUUAUUGCCAAUAGCACAACUACAGGUAGUAUUAAACAAAACUAAACAAAAGGAAAAUGCACCGGCCAACUGACGGUCGGCUUCAUUUGAAAUAUAGUUUAGCUACAAACAGAUAAAUUAACUGUAGAUAGAACAAAGCUUUUAUCCCCCAAAGUUCGAAAUGGAUCAUAAUCAUAAUCAAGGUAGACAGUAAUAAUAAGUGUCCAUGUUCUUAUAAUUUAAAGUAAUUAAAGCUGUAUAAUAUAUCUGGUAUUUUCUGAUAUCUCUGUCACUCACUUUUUAAAAAUAUAAAUGUUUUGUUGUUGGAAUACAUAGAUGAAAUCAUAAUUCGAUAUUGGUUGGAUCCCUUUUCAGAAUGCCACAGUCAGUGUGUUUUGUGAUGUGAUGUCUAAUUUUUAGAUGUCUAUACAAGUCACCUGGGAGUAAGCCAAUUAUUUUUUCCUGGAGUUGAUAAUGUGAACACGUUUCCAUCAAAUAAUUGGUUAAUUCUUAAAUUUUGGCCUAUCUUCUAUUAACAAUAACAAGUAUAGAGGGGGAAACUUGAUAUUUCCUAGUGAACAGUAGGCAUGGUCCAUGACCUGCUACUUUCCUCUUUAAUUGCAUGCACUGCAUUCCAUACCUGCAGUGUUUGUUUAACCCGUGUAUUACUUUAAUUUUCCUCUGAGACUGUUGACUAAGACAUUGCACUGUAGAUUCCUGGAGUUCUGUUUAACAGAACCAAUCUCUUCAUCCUUACUACUGUUCUGAGCUGGGCUGCCCAGUAAUACUAUCUAUCUAUCUAUCUAUCUAUCUAUCUAUCUAUCUAUCUAUCUAUCUAUCUAUCUAUCUAUCUAUCUAUCUAUCUAUCUAUCUAUCUAUCUAUCUAUCUAUCUAUCUAUCUAUCUAAUCACAGCUGUUGCUUUUUCUACAAGGUGGUACAGGUAUAACACGAGACAUGUACUAUGUUUUUAUUAAUUCCAUAAUACAGCAAUGUGCUAAAUUAUGUGAUUGUUAUUAUGAUGCUAGAGAGGGUAAAAUGGAGGCAGACAAUUCUCUGUGGCGACGCCCAUAGAGGGAGCAGUCAGGAGCAGUAGAAAAAAAUAAAGACGUUUACAUACGUUUUUGUCAUUUGCCACACAUUGAUGAUCUGCUCCUACAGACAUGCAUUAAUCAUAUAUAUAUAUAUAAUAACAUAGUGACAGAUACAUAGUCAGCUGUAGCUAAAAACUUGAAUGCAACGUCUGCUUUCAUUUAUGUGCUCUGGUCUUGUGCUGCGGCUGGCUGUGGAUUCA